AUGAGUGAAUUUUCGGAUAUGGAAACUUAUGUAGAUAGUGCUGGAUUUGGUGAUAAUAUCUCGUUAGUUAACACAUCAGGGAUGAACUCUUUUUUGCCGCGUGAAGUCUUGUUACAUCGAGCUGAUUCCGCAAGAAUAUUGAAUGGAUUAGCUAGAGGUGAUAGUGUAAAAAGAUUUCCCCAACUUGAUAAAUUCGAUUCAAAAGCUGCUGGAAUAAACAAUGAUAAUACUGGUGAUGGAGCAUUACAACCAAUCACAAGAUAUCAAAAAUUUCAAGCAUGGAUGAUUAAUGAAGGAAAUCGAGCAAUAUUCUUCACUGUUUGGAUAAUAUUGCAUCUAUUAGUUUUUAUUAUGGGGUUCAUUAAUUUUUUCUUUAAGGAUAAUUUGCAGAACGCACGGGAAGUUUUCGGCAUAACAUUUCCUAUUGCGCGAUCUGCCGCAUUGGUACUUCAUGUGGACGCGGGAAUGAUUUUAUUUCCUGUUUGUCGAAAUUUAAUCUCGCUGAUUCGAUCAACUCCUUUGAACAAUGUUAUUCCUUUUGACAAGAAUAUCACAUUUCACAAAGCAAUCGGUUAUUCAAUAUUAAUAUUUACAAUUAUUCAUACCGUGUCUCAUUGGGUUAAUUUCUAUAAAUUGACAAUGGCAAACGGAGGCGGCAUUAUUAUGUUUUUGAAAUUGAAUUUCGUGACUGGACCUGGAAUAACCGGAUAUGUGAUGCUAUUUUGUUUAUUAAUCAUGGUGAUUUCAUCACAUGAAAAAGCACGUCAUUCUCAUUUCAAUCGAUUUUGGUACCUUCAUCAUCUUUUUAUUCCAUUCUUUGCCGCUUGGUCGUUCCACGGUGCAUUCUGUAUGAUUAAACCAGAUCGACCACCAUACUGUAAAGAUAUCGCUUCAUUUUGGAAAUACUGGAUUGCAUCUGGCACCAUUUACAUCUCGGAACGUAUUCUUCGUGAAAUCCGAGCACGACAAAAAACUUACGUCUCGAAGGUUAUCAUGCAUCCAUCGAAAGUCGUGGAAAUUCAAAUUAAAAAAGAACAUAUUUCCACAAAAGCCGGACAAUAUAUUUUCUUGUGCUGUCCGGAAGUUUCGUUAUGGCAAUGGCAUCCAUUCACGCUGACAUCUGCACCCGAGGAAGACUUCAUUUCUAUUCAUGUUCGUGUUGUUGGUGAUUUCACUCGUGCUUUGGCGGAAAAGCUUGGAUGUAAUUUCGAGGAGGAAGAAAAAAUUAAAAAAAUAACAGCAAAAAAUAGUAAAAAUCACAAUACACUUGCCAACAAACCUGGUUAUUUGUCUGGAGUUUCUGGAAUUGAUAUCUCUCCGAGGAAUCCUGAAAUACAAAAGGUUUUGCCGAGGGUUUUGAUAGAUGGACCCUUUGGUAGUGCUUCCGAAGAUGUAUUUAAAUUUGAGAUUGCGAUGCUGGUUGGUGCAGGAAUUGGUGUUACGCCAUUCGCUAGUAUUCUUAAAAGUAUUUGGUACCGCGUCAAUUAUCCAACCAAAUCAACCAAACUUCGUAAAGUUUAUUUCUUUUGGAUCUGUCGUGACUAUGGUGCACUUGAAUGGUUCCAAUCCCUUUUAUCGGCCAUCGAAGAACAAGAUAUCGAGCAAUUCAUCGAAAUUCACGCUUACCUUACCGGUCGUCUACGUCAUUCUGAAGUACGAAAUGUGAUGGUGCAAGAUGACGGAGGUGAACGCGACGCCAUCACCGGUCUUCGAGCACCAACACAUUUCGGUCGUCCAAAUUGGGACAAGAUCUUUUCGAAUCUACGUGCUAAACAUCCCGCCACCGAUAUAGGCACGUUCUUUUGUGGACCGAAAGCACUGGGAAAACAACUUCACAAUAAAUGUAAUUUGUGGACUCAAGGUUUCGAGGAGGGUACUAGAUUUUUCUAUGGAAAAGCUUGGACAAUGGAAUUACAGCCGUUGGGAAAUAUCGAAAUACUAGUCACCUUAAAGAGUGGGCGAGAAACGAGUACGAGUACAACUUGGGCAAGUAUCACACAAAUCCAACUUGAUGUAUUACUUGCGUAUUUUUCAGAAAAUGUUUAA